AUGGGGCUUUCUGAGAACUUGCUGGUCACCUUGCUUGGUUGGGCCAUAUCUCAGGUGGCUUCCUACGACCCUUGGGAUUAUGCUCCAAGGAGGUCUUUGGAGAGCGGCCCUUCUGUGGGGCAGCCCUGGAGUUGGGUGGACGCCUCCCAGCCGAGGGUCCUGUCCCCCUUGGCCCCGGUCAGUGCCAAGUGUGGGGAGGCUCAGGUGGAGGUGACCGUCAAGAGGGACCUCUUUGGCACCGGGAGGCUCAUCCAAGCAACCGACCUCACGUUGGGUUCGCCUGGGUGCCCACCCACCUCCGCCGAUGCCUCCCAAGACACGGUGGUCUUCAACGUUGGCCUUCACGAAUGCGGCAGCACUCUGCAGGUGACUCCAGACUCCUUGGUCUACAGCAUCAGCCUUUACUACAACCCUACUCCAGCUGGCAAUGCCCUCGUUGUGAGAAGCAGCCCCGCUGAAGUCCCCAUUGAGUGCCACUAUCCAAGGCGGAACAACGUGAGCAGCAAAGCCAUGCAGCCCACUUGGGUGCCUUUCAGCUCCACGGCCUCCGCGGAACAGAAGAUGAGCUUCUCCUUGCGCUUAAUGGACGACAAUUGGAGCACAGCGCGAGCUUCCAGUGGUUUCCAACUGGGAGACGUGAUGUAUAUCCAGGCGGAUGUGAAUACGGAGAACCACGUCCCCUUGAGGCUGUUUGUGGACAGCUGCGUGGCCACCUUGAGCCCGGGCACGGACUCCGCCCCUCGGUAUCCCAUCAUUGACUACAAGGGCUGCCUUGUUGACGGGAGGUCGGAUUCCAACUCGGCCUUUGUAUCCCCGAGACUUCAAGACGACUCGCUCCGGUUCACAGUCGAUGUCUUCAGGUUUACCCAAGAUCCCAGAGAUCUGAUCUACAUAACCUGCCACUUGAAGGUUUCUGCAGCUGACCAGGUUCCUGAUUUGGAGAACAAGGCUUGUUCCUUCAGUCAAGCUAGUCAAAGUUGGGUCCCAGUUGAAGGCACCAGGGACAUCUGCACUUGCUGUGAACGGAGGAACUGUGACCAAUUCCAAGGCCAGCCGAGGCGCAUCAACCCCUGGGAGAGAUGGGGCCGAGGGAGGAGGUCAGCCAGAGAUGGGCCUGCUAAGCAUGGUGUGCUUACGGAGGUGGUGACGGACGUGAUGUUGGGCCCGAUCCUGAUCCUGGAUGCGUACCUGACCUCCAGGACCUUCGCUGGACGUCAAAGCGAAGCAAUGAGAUCCUCGGCAGAAUAUGACUUGGUUCAAUCUCCGGGCAUGUUGGUGGGAAUCGUCUUGAUGGCCGUGGCCGCCCUCCUGGCUCUCGCCACCGUCGGGAUGCUCUGCGCUCGGAAGAGGCGUUCCGGGACGUCUUAA